AUGCCUCCUUGUGCCAAGGAAGCGAGGAAUGAUUUGCACGAGAUCUUGGUUGUGGCCUCUCCGCUGAGUCAGGCUCUUGGUUCUGAGAAGAGUGAUGUUGUUGACGUUGCAGUCGACAGGCUUGCAGCCCCUUUUGGUGAUGGAGUUGCUAUGUCAGGGUUGUUGCCUACGGUGCCCGGUGCCAUCGUUGCCAGAGAGUUAUGUUCAGAAAUCUGUCAUAGCGUCGGAUGCGGCGCGUGCUUCCAGGUACGGUGCAAGGACAAGAAGCUCUGCAGCGCGGCCGGCGCCAGGGUCGUCAUCACCGACCGCGCCAGGACCAAGUCGAACCGCACGGACCUCGUGCUGAGCAGCCCGGCGUUCGCCGCCAUGGCCCGCCCCGGCGUGGCCAAGCGGCUCGCCAGGCUCCGCGCCGUCGACGUCGAGUACAAGAGGGUGCCGUGCGAGCACGAGGGGAAGAACCUCGCGGUGAGGGUGGAGGACACCAGCCGCGCGCCCAACCAGCUUGCCGUCAGGUUCCUCUACCAGGGCGGCCAGACCGACAUCGUCGCCGUCGACGUCGCGCAGGUUGGUUCGUCGAACUGGAAGUUCAUGACACGGGACCACGGCCCGGCGUGGAGCACGAGCAUGGCGCCGCCGGGGCCGCUGCAGUUCAGGGUCGUCGUCACCGGCGGGUACGACGGGAAGUGGGUCUGGGCCGACAAGGAGGUGCUGCCUCGCCGGUGGCGCGCCGGCGAGGUCUACGACACCGGGGUACAGAUCACGGACAUCGCGCAAGAGGGCUGCUUUCCUUGCGACACGCAGGAGUGGAGGUGAAAGUGCGAGCCGAGUAAACAAACUUGUGCAACGAGCCAAAGAAGAAGCUGCCUCCUCGUUUUGGCUGGGGUUUCAGCGCACGACCACAACACUAGCAGAGAUUAGUUUACUGACUGUAGGGUCCUGAAUCCUGACCCCUCGGCAACUUCUGCUGCUGAAUUUUUUCCCUCUUCUUUUCCCUUUUGAUCUUUCCCCGACUCUUCUGUACAUAUACAUGAGCUGAUGACGUGAGGAUAAGUAAUUAGUAGCAUAGCAUCCCCGUGUCUAAAGAUGUUAUAGCGAGGAUCUAGCUUCGCCUGCUUGAACACAUCUGAAUAUCUGCUACUC